AUGGACGUAAAAUCUCAUCCUAUUAGCAACUUCUCUCUCAAUUACUUUAAAUUAAUCUCUGAAAAAAAUAACUUCUUCUUUUCCCCUGCUUCUAUAUACCUAGCAUUAAGCUUAACUGCUGCUGGCUCUGCAGGUUAAACCCUCAAAGAAUUCUAAAAUGUAUUAAAUUUUUAGAAUGUAGAAGAAAUGGGAAAAUAAAUAAGUUCAUUAAGUGAAUAGCUUUAGCAAUCUUCUUAGUCAUUCACUGUUUCUUCAGCUAAUAGAAUCUAUACCGGAGUUUCAGAAAUAGUAAACGAUUAUAAAUAAUUUGUUGAAAAAUAUUAUAAAUCAGGAUUUGAAUAAGUUGACUUCAGCUAAACCGAAGCUGUUAGGUAAAACAUAAACUAAUGGGUCUCCAAACAAACAAGAGAAAAAAUCUAAGAACUUUUACCAAAAGAUAGUAUUAAUGCUGCAACUAGAAUGGUAUUAGUAAAUGCUCAAUACUUAAAAGCAGAUUGGCUAAACAAAUUCCAAAGCAAUAAAACAGCUGACUAAUACUUUUAUCUUGAGCCAAACAAUUAAUAAAAAAAAGUAAAAAUAAAAAUGAUGAGUAAUGAAGGAAUUUAUGGGUAUGGCAAGUUUAAUGACUUUGAAUAUGUUUAGCUUCCUUACUAAAAUCUAAAUUUUGCUAUGGAAAUAUUUUUGCCUAGUAAUAAUAUCUAAGAUCUAGAGUCUUAAUUAACUGCAGAAUAAAUGCAAAAUGCUUUGAAAAAAUCAUAAAAGACUAAUAUAAAACUCUCCAUUCCUAAGUUCAAAAUGAGUGGAAUCUCUCAUAAAGUAUUAGAGGUUCUAAAAACUUUAGGGAUUAAUGAAGCUCUGACAGGUAAUGCUGACUUCAGCAAACUAUGUGAAACAGAGAGUCUUUUCAUAUCAGAUGUAAUUCAUCAAGCAGUUAUUGAAGUAAAUGAAUUAGGUACAGAAGCAGCAGCUGCAACAGCAGUUAUUAUGAAAAAUUGUAGUCUUAAAGUUAAUAAAACUCCUUUAAUUUGUUGCGAUAGACCUUUCUUAUUUACAAUCACUCAUAUUCCUACUCACACAAUACUAUUUAUGGGAAGAAUAACUGAUCCAUCAAAAAUUAAUUGA